UUAAAUUAAAUUUUGUAGAAGUUGGGUUAGGCCUCCGGCCGUUGACCCGACCCGGAAAACAGACAUGAAGUGAUGAACCGACAUAGCAAGACCUGCUCAACCCAAAGCUUUAUCUCCUUCACGAUCUCUCUCUAAUAUCCAAACGCUAAUUCUAGCCCUAAUCCUAGUCUUGGAAUUCAAAUAAGGGCGUCGAACAAAAGGAGAACGAGAUGGAGACCCAAUUCCAUCACAAUUACUUCGAGAGGCGCCCCAUCUUCAGAUCCAAGACUCCCGCUGUUAAAUGGUUUAAAGAAUGGGUUCCCCAAGAUGCUGUAGCAACUGGUGGGAAGUGCUCUCUAUUGAAAUGGGUCACAGCGGAUACAAUAAAGGCUUUGAAUGAGAAAUCAAAAGAAACUGUGGCACCAGAGCCAGAGCCAGAACCAACAACCGAAGUGCUUUUUCUAUGCAGCUAUGAAGGCUGUGGGAAGACCUUUAUUGAUGCUGGUGCUUUGAGGAAGCAUUCACACAUCCAUGGGGAAAGACAAUAUGUUUGUCACUAUGAGGGUUGUGGAAAGAAAUUUUUGGAUAGUUCAAAGUUGAAAAGACACUUUCUUAUUCAUACUGGAGAGAGAGAUUUUCGGUGUACUUAUGACGGCUGUGGUAAGGCCUUCUCCCUGGAUUUCAACCUUAGGUCUCACAUGAAAACACAUUCGCAAGAGAACUAUCAUAUUUGUCCAUACCCAGACUGUGGAAAGAGAUAUGCGCAUGAAUACAAGCUUAAAAACCACAUUUCGGCUCACCAUGAGAAGAGUGCGAUGGUGGACGUGCCAAAAUAUGCUACCCCACCUGCAGAGAAGCAAAUCAAAACUCCCAAGCCUCCUGCAGGGGUUUAUGGCUCUGCAUCAUCUGAUCGCCCUUAUGCUUGUCCUUAUGAAGGGUGUGAAAAGGCCUACAUCCAUGAAUACAAGCUUAAACUACAUCUCAGGAGAGAGCAUCCUGGCCAUAUGUCCGAUGAGAAUGCGGAGAAUGCACCUAAUAAUGCUGACAAUGAGAUGGAUGAAGCCAGUGAUCAAGAUGCCUAUGCUGGAAAACGUGUGAAUGGCAAGAGCCAGAAACAAAACAGGCCCAAACCAAACUUAAAGUUCCCGCCUGCAAAAGUUGUUCAGCGUAAAGGCUCAACUCCAUCUCCUGCCACUAUGAACACAAUGAAAAAACCCUGGCCCGUCAAGGAUGAAGUAGUUUACGAGGAAGAAGAUAGUGAAGAGACAGAGGAGGACCGCGACAAUGUUGAGGAUGGUUGGAGGUACGGUGAAAACAAUGAUGACGAUGAUGAAGAAACAGAGGACGAAGACUAGAUACACAGGGAGGCACUUUUAUUUUUAUUUUCCUUUUUCUCUUGAUGGACAUGGAGGCACUUUGUAUGUAACCCACCUACUGCCAUUUCUUUUUGUUAAUUUACCUUUGGAAUGGACAAUGCAGUUAGGCAUUUAUACCA